GUUGUAUAUGGAACGUAGGUUUUAAAAGUGUUGAAUUAAUCAGUGGAUGAAAUCAGUAAUGCUAUUUGUAGAUGUACAGGAAAGAAUAUAACCAGGCAGUCUCCCCCUUUUACCAUUUAGAGGCUUGGUAAAGCACACUGUGAAACAUGGAAGAAACAACAGCCAAGAUGUCUAGCAAAAGGGCAAAGACGAAGACCACCAAAAAGCGCCCUCAGCGCGCAACCUCCAAUGUAUUUGCAAUGUUUGAUCAGUCACAGAUUCAGGAAUUCAAAGAGGCAUUUAACAUGAUUGAUCAGAACAGAGAUGGCUUCAUUGACAAGGAAGAUUUGCAUGACAUGCUUGCUUCUCUUGGGAAGAAUCCAACUGAUGAAUACCUAGAUGCCAUGAUGAACGAGGCUCCAGGCCCCAUAAAUUUCACUAUGUUCCUUACGAUGUUUGGAGAAAAGUUAAAUGGCACAGAUCCAGAAGAUGUCAUCAGAAAUGCUUUUGCUUGUUUUGAUGAAGAAGCGACAGGGUUUAUUCAAGAAGAUUAUCUGAGAGAGUUGCUGACAACAAUGGGAGACAGGUUUACAGAUGAAGAAGUUGAUGAGCUGUACAGAGAGGCACCAAUUGAUAAAAAGGGCAAUUUCAAUUACAUUGAAUUCACACGCAUCCUUAAACAUGGAGCAAAAGACAAAGAUGAUUGAACAAAAUUCCAGGCACAUGCAAAUAUCUCUAGUUUCCACUUGUGUUUAUUUUUGAGGGUUUUUUCCUGGUAGAACCUGUUGCAUGCAUUUAGCGCUACAGCUUUUGCCUAUCUCCGUAUAUUUAUCUAUUUCAGGCCAUUCCAGCAAAUUUGCACCUGUGUAAUCAGACUGGAAAUGAGGGGCCUUUGUCCCCUAUAAUGAAAAGGAUUGGGGACAAAGUUUGAAUUUGAAGGCCCAGGGGGAAAAAAAAUCUCAGUGUUUCUGGUUUAGCUGGAUUUUUACAUUUUUGUAAUAAAAAUGCCAUUUUGAAAUAAAGAUUACUAUAUAAAUAAAAUACCUCAAACUUUUGUGAAGGGUGACAAUUUUAUUAUUACUAAAUAGGCUUUUACAAAUGAAGAACUGUUACCUAAUUUUUAAUUUCUGGUAAGAUCCAGUGAGUUUACCACUUCAUAGCAUUUUGUAAAACAAAGCUUGUUUUGUUUCUUUGUGCUCUGAAGGUGUGGUUUUGAAAUUAUGUUGCCUAAGUACAAGAAAGUAAUGGUUUUAGUCCCUGAAAGGAAAUCGGGCUGGCAUAAAUGGUAUUCAGAUGGAAUGGCUGGAGAAGAUGACUGUAAUGGUGUAAUCUGUUAUUUUCCUCAUAAUUAUUGAGGAUCUUGGGAAUAUUUUUUUUGUAUGCAGAAUACUAAUUUGGUGAACAGGAAUAUAGAAGGCAAGACUAACGUGCUUUUGUAGCCUACGUACAAGCUAGGCAUAUAUUAAUAUCUAUGCUCCAUUGCAACUAGUACCCUCAAAAAGAACUUUGUUCCAGACUGAAAUUUCUAUGCUGUCAUUACCUAAGGCUAUGUUUAAAAAAAUUACAAAUAUUGCUGCUAUGCAGUCCUGUUGGCUUCCUUUGCAGCUGGAGCAUUCCAAUAUUCUUUGGGGCAAGCAGUGCAAUUAGUUUUAAGCAGGAGCUUUCAGAGUUUGGGAAUGGGAUUCCUUGUGCUUACCUGAAAGAACUGGGACUUGGAUAUGAUGUUAAACAAAAGUUAAAGAACAUGGGAUUUCCAUUUUUUUUCUAGAUUCUUAUUCUGAUGGGUUUUCAGUAAAAGUAGAAGGGAUCUUUUAAAGAUUAAAAUUGCACUAUGAAAUGCUGUUUUUAUUCACAGCUACUUUAUAUAUAUAUAUGUAAAGUUCAUUUCUAAUCUAACUCACGUUUUUAGCAUAGCAAUUCCUAAAGUUUUUUUAUUUUACCCUGGGGCAGUCUUUCAUUCUCUCAUUCAAUGUUUUAAUUAAAACCAGUCCUUGUGGUAACUCUUUCCUUUUAAAUCCUUUUGCCUUUGCUCUCGUAGGUUUGUUCCCCCUGCCCUCCAUGGUAGUGUUCUGCAAAAAAAGGAGGUACUGGGAUUGCAUAUUCAGCAAAUGGCCUUUCAAAAAAAUGUGUUAUUGCUGAAAUCUUACAGAUGUUCUAAGAUGAUGUGCUUAGCAACAAUGCUAGAGUGCUGUGGUAGCUAUUGGGAGGAUGAAGUCUAAAACAUAAUGCUGUACUUAAGAACUUGGCCUAUCCAGGUUGGGGAUGGGAGGGGGACCAAUAACUUAGCUUUUUAAGAAACAACAUAAGCUAUUGAAAAAUAGCUAUAUAAUAUUGAAGCUGUAACAACAGAUACAAAAUAAACCACUUAUGCUCUAUGUUCAACUUGUCCCAUAAGUUUUUGUGUAAGUCCAUAUAUGAUGUCACAUGUCAUGAAACACAGCCCAUUUGGCUUUGUUUAUGCAUGCCAGUAGCUACCUGCUUUAUCUCAGCCACUUACUAAUGGAUGUAUCAUAGAGCAAUGACUUUUGAUGGUCCCUGUAUGCUGUCAGCACUCAAAUCUCUUGCACCUUAGUUCUUGGGAUGUUUCAAUUUAAAGUGUCAGGCACAGUCCUUUUGGAUUUCUUUUGUUCAGCACUCCUUGAUUUGGAAACUUCUACCUUAAGUAGAACAAACAUUUGUUCUGUGGUGCACUGGAAGAGCAUAGGAUCCAAUGAAGCUUAGUACUUCUCCCCAUUUCUUAGAAUACACAUUUUUGGGUUUUGCAGUGUUCUUAAGGGAGAAAAGUAUGGCAUCACAGCAUGGGUUUUGUAUAAGCCACACUUUGAUAAACUUUUUUCUACAUUUCUAUGGAGCCUGUUGAAAUAUGAAGAUGCUGCUGUGUGUAUCAACUUUAUGCAUGGUGUAGCAAAGAAAAAAUGAAACAAUCUUUUAAUGCACGAGCUAUAGAGAAGAAAAUCUCAACUGGAAGAUUUUAAUAGUGAAGAAGAGCUUUCGGAGAUGUCCUAGUAUUGCAUGAUGUUCUAUGAAGUUCACUUUUGCUUGGUACCUCUACUGCAGUUGACUUCUGCAUGGGCACAAUACCAUAACAACAUAAGGUUAUGAACAGGAGCAUCUAAGAGACCAUAUAAGAGCAUCAGAUCAGUUUUUUUAGCUCUGGCCAGGAAUGUAUGAACAGCUGAGUCUGCAUGCCUGAGCCCAUAGCAAUGUCAUCAGUAAUCCACUUCCAAAAAUAAAGAUAACUUUGGUCACUAAAGAAGAGUUUGAGAUACUGAUGCUUUUGAUCUAGUAUUGUGGAGUAGGAAACUUGAAUUGUAAUACUAUGUCAUCAUCACGUUGUCUUCCCAUGGGGCUCGUGUAACAGCCUACAUGUUCUGUAUCAAGCACUGUUUUUGCUACAAAUUUACCGGUAUUAGGGGUUUUGUAGACAUUAAUUUUAGAGUCUUUAAGUGUCUUGAUAAAGCAAGACUCCAUUAAGUUACAUGACUUCAUUUUUUUCCCUCUACAAAUUAUAUUGUCAACUUAACAAAAUGACUCUCUUCUUGCAAUAAAAUUUAAUGAUUUCCACUAUA